AUGAUCAUACUCUUCAUCAUUGUACAGUUUAUCGCCGCAGUGAACUCGCAAUAUCUGGCUCAACCCGAUUUCAAACCUGACAUCACCUUCGGCGAGCAUAACGACAGGUUUGACCUGACGUCGCUUAUCCACUACCAGAACAAGUAUUACAAUGACAAUUUACCGAGCAUAGACGCUAGACGCAGAUCGGACCGCGGGGUCUCGAAACGCCCCGGCGGUAAAUGGUUGGUUCUGGACGCCAGAGGUUCACAGAAGACGAUAAACAAAAUCAAAAGGAUCGCCGCUAGAGAAUUGGACGAAAUCGGAAGGCUAAUGAAAGGUUGGAGACGAUCUGGCGAUGAUGUAUAUUUAAUAGACGAUGAGCGGCAAGAUCCUUCCAACUUCGAAAUGUCCGUCGACGAUUUAGGGACAAGGAGGUCACUGGACAACGUCUUCAUCAACUUGGGUAGUAGACGUAGAGCUGGGAGGGUCUCUGAUGCCUUGCUUCCUGGGAAGAGGGAUGGACUUUUGAAAUACGCUGUCCCGAUAGAAAUGGUUGUACACGGUUUCUUGGUGAUCCCACCUACGGCUGUU